AUGGACAAAUCCGGUGAGAUUGCUACGACGGUGAUCGAAGUUGAUCAAACUCCACGGAGGAAUGUUCGUCGGAAAUUGGUUCAGUCGACGUUGGUCCCACAUAAAUCGGAGGAGGUAAUUCAGUCUAACGGAGAUAAGAUUUGCGAUGCUGGUAAUAAGGAGGAAGGAGAAGGAGGAGAUGGUGAUUUCUGUAGUAGUCAAGGGAAGAAGACGAGGAAACAGAAAGAGAAGACUCCGAAGAAGAUGGUUAAAGGAAAGUCGCCUCGUAAAACUACGCCUAAGAAAAGUGCAGCUAAAAACGGGAUUGAUCAAACGAUUGCUGCAAAUGUCUCACCUCCAGUUCCUAAUUUGAGGCUGGAAGCAAAAUUAAGAGCUGAGGAAGAUUUGAGGUUGUCUGCUGGUAAGAAAUUACAUCCGUUUUUCUCGGCUUGGAAAGGAGGUAAAAGAAAUCAAGAAGCAGCUGCUGCAGUAGCAGAUAAUGGUGGGUGGUCGGGUCAAACAAGAGAUAAAACCGUCACCAUUGGCCCUAUCCAUGUAUUUGAGAAGCCUNAGGAUGGUGGUUACCGGACUAUUGAUUGGAAGAAUUGGGCUUUCUGUGAGCAAACAUCCACCACUUGGAGUCCUGAUCAACAAAUAAAAGUCGACUCUCUUGAACACCGACCCAAGGAUUUUGAUCUAAAUGAACUUCCGAUUCUUUCACAUCCUGAUGUGUGUGUCAUUGAUGAUGAUGAGCCUGAACAAUGUGUUAGUCAACCAGAAGGUAUCACAGAUGCAUCUCCGGUAGUCUUAAUAGCCUACCAGGAGGAUAAACGUGGGUACCUUGGCUCCUUAGAUGGAGCAGAAGAGGAUUGUGAAGUUCAUGAAGCAGUUAACUUGUCUGAUCAUGCUAGUGGGGUAGCAGACAUUUCUCAUGAACUGCAAAGCAUAUCAUUUCGAGAAAGUAAUGAUUUCAGUGGUCAGGCUCGUAAUAGCUUAUGGGUAGAUAAGUACCAGCCAAGAAGUGCCUCGGAGGUAUGUGGUAAUGCUGAAUCUGUAAAACUAAUGAAUGAAUGGCUGUGCCUAUGGCGUGAGAGAAGGUUUCAGCCAAGCAAAGACUUUUUGAGUAGCGAUGAAGAGAAAUCGCAAGAUGCUGAUUACAACUGUUCUGACAGUGACUCUGACUCGGAAAAUACUGGUGCUGAAGACUGCCUGAAAAAUGUUCUCUUAAUCGUCGGUCCAGUUGGGAGUGGGAAAUCUGCAGCUGUUCAUGCAUGCGCUAAGGAACAAGGAUUUAAAAUCCUUGAGUCCAAUGCAUCAGAAUGCCGAAGUGGAACAGUUGUUAGACAGAAAUUUGGGGAGGCUCUCAAGUCAUAUAGCCUGUCAAGGUCCUUAGACCCACUUUUCAGUUCCUGUACUGAUGGCAAUGGCAUAGAGGAUGUUAUUGAAGUGACACCUGUAUUACAUAUCCAGAAUGAUAGAGCUAUUAACUUGAAGCCUUUAAUUCUUUUUGAAGAUGUAGAUAUUUGCUUUGCUGAAGAUCGUGGUCUCGUUUCUGCUAUCCAGGAGAUUGCUGAGAAAGCAAAAGGGCCUGUGGUAUUGACUGCCAAUGACAAGAAUCAUGGUUUACCAGACAACUUAAAAAGGAUAGAGAUAUGUUUUUCGUUGCCAUCACCAGAAGAGCUGUUAAGCCACCUUUCUACGGUUUGUGCGGCAGAGGAAGUAAAAGUUAAUCCUGGUUCACUAGAGAAAUUAACCAAGUUUACUGGUGGUGAUAUACGGAAAGCGAUUAUGCAACUACAGUUUUGGUUUCAGAGUAAAUCCAAAAGAGCCAGAAAGACAGAGAACAAUGGUGAUCCAGAUCUCUUUGAUCAUGAAGCUGGUCACAUGUUGCUUCCCAAGAUUAUUUCACGGGAUUUUCCUUCUCAAUUAUCUCAGUUGGUGGAGAGUGAGAUUGCUAAGGCAUUAUCCAUGGAAGAGGAAAGACAGAACACAGUGGAAGUAUUUGUUGAAGAGGUUGAAAACGAAAAAAUGCUUAAUAGAUUAUUGAGGCGGGGAACAGAAAAGAACAGCAUACAAGCCAAGAAAGCAGCUAUGUUAAGGCAGAACACUUUUUUUGAAGAUUAUAAUGAAUUAGAAGACGUCUUAAGUAUCCCGUGUGAACUGAGCAACACGUCCUACCAACCACUGUCUUUCUCUCGGCCAAGCAGAAGAAGGAAGCUCAAUGUUGUGAUGUCCUCUGAUUCAGAAGGCGAGCCUCUGAACGACAUACUUAUUACCAUUUCAAAACAUCAAAAUGACGACAGAUUAGUUGUCCAAGAAAAUGGUACCUUGUCCUCGUGUUGGCCAGAUAUGCAAAAGGAAACAUUCCCAGUAGCUGAUCCUUCAGUUCCUUCCAGAGAAGAAAUAUUGGAGGCAAGUCGUUAUCAGUAUGAGACAUCAAAAGUCUCUUGCAUUAAUGAGGUGUCUCAGUCACUUGAUGUGUCCUGUGUACCAGAAUCUUCAUAUAUUCCAGAAACUUUAAUGGAUAGUGAAGCUGAGCUGUCGCCAAGAGCGGUGUCUUGUGGUCAUUUUGAUGGAAGAGUAGAAAUUUCCAUGAGUGAAGACGUUGUACCGAAUUCCCCAUCAAACGAGAUAUACAUAGACAGAUUUCAGAGUUUUGAUUGCUCAAAGAGUACAUGUGAGACCAUUGCAGAAUCUUCUGAUGGGACAACGAUGGAAGAUUGUUUCAAAGAAUAUGUAGGGAGUUCCCAGAAGAUGCAACAAUUAACAGAUGAAUGCAGCCGUGUAGAUUUUGGUAUGAUGUUCAAGACACCUCAGAAAUCGAAGGUUGAUACAUCUAGAUACCCGGUGCAAGAAUCAUGGGAAAAACUCUGUUCGGGUCAUACUGAUCUUAAGCCAUACUUGGAUUCAGAACCUGUAGAAGCUCCACAAGUUCUUGACAUCACUCAUCAGAUUACCAACCUAAUUUCAGAAGCUGACCUUACGCAUUCUAGAUGCCUGAACUUUGGAGCUUUGGAGCCGAUGGUUAACGCUUCUGGAGAUCUUGAUACGUCUGGUUUAUCUGACACACUUGCACAGAUGACUUCCGCUGUGGCACAGCUAGGAUUUAGUUUUUUCACAAACCAAAUUGCUCCAACAGUCCCUACUUCAUCAGCCACCUUGGUACCAGGAAGAGGAUUGGCAGUAGUAGACAAGGCAAGGCAGGAUUACACAUCAAGUAGUGGAAGCUGCUUGGAUAUGAAACCAGAAACACAUGAAGAAUUGUUAAAAUGUGAGCGAAGGAUACGGCUUUCAGGCAUAUUAGAUUCAGUAGUCCCUCCGAGAUCAUUGAAAGGUAGAGCUUUUCAUGAAUAUGCAUCAUUCAUUGGGCUGAUCUCAAGAGCGGAUCCCUCUAACUUAUCCGGAGCCAUGGAGAAAAACAGACGGCGAAGGUCAAGAGAAGCUCGACACUAUCUGUCAAUGUAUUUAUCCUCAGAAGAUACCGCAUUCUUGGGUCAACACAGCACAUAUAGAAGAAAUGAAUAA